AUGUCGCACUUACACUGCCACGACGAGCAUCACGACCAUUCCCAUGACGAUGGCCACGACCACAGUGAUGACAUCACCCCAGCCCUUCAGAACAUCCUCUACGAACAACUCGACUUCCCCAAGCUCGUCACCCUCAACGAAGAUGAAUCCAAUAGCGGCCGCGCAAUCUGCCAGAAGACAUGGGCCCAGCGCCUCGACCCCGAACCCGAGCUGAAGAGCAGCGCCGACGAACAAAUUCUCAUGACGGUGCCUUUCACAGGCCAAGUCCGGUUGCACUCCAUCAUCCUACGAGCAAGCCCCGGCCCCGACUGCCCCAAAACUCUCAAAGUUUUUGUCAACGAAGAUUCACUCGAUUUCGAGACUGCGGCCGAGAAGGAACCUACACAGAUACUGGAGAUUAGUCAGACGAGCGAGGUGCAGGAGAUACCCGUCAAGAGGGCCAAGUUUGGUACAACACGCAGUCUAAGCUUGUUCUUCGAGGACAACUGGAGUAAUGGUGAAGAGGAUGAGACGAGGCUGAGCUAUCUGGCGUUCAAGGGCGACUUUAUGAAGUUGAACAAGGAGGCUGUGUCUGUACUGUAUGAGGCCGCUGCAAAUCCCAGUGAUCAUAAGAAUAUCGUGGGGAUUGGCCAGGGUGUUGGUCGGAGUAUACAGUAG